CCUUGGCGCUUGUUGUUGCCACGUACUCGUUAAAUCGUUGUAAACUGGGAAAUUCUUAACUAUUUUCAGCAGUUUUGCGAUUCUUAAUCUUGUUGCAUCACCAAUCAACCGAUUUACAAGCAACUGCAGAGAGCACAGACCUCUGGGCGGCCCAGAUCCGGGCGUCUCUAAAGGAAAUCAUCGGAAACAUCACCGGCAAGCAUUGAGAAUCGUGAUUUGGCGUUUUGGUUCUUCCGAGUGAUUUGGGUGGUUUAUUGUUUCUGUGACCAUGAAUUUCAACGCUCAAGCUGGAUCCGAUGGCCGUCCUCACCGGCUAUCGAAGAAACCGAAGCGGGUCAGCGAUGUGAACGCCAUGGGCAGUACGAUCCCGUAUCAGCAGAUGACAUCACAGCCGCCCAGCAAUCAGUACAUGCCUACGGAUCCUAAUUUGCAGUACAUGGCUAACAAUCCCAGUCUGCAGUAUGCCAAUGACCCGAACAACUAUUACGGCCAACAGCAGGCACCGCAGCCACCACAACCAGCUUACGGUUAUAUACCUCCGCCGACGCAGGCACCACUAGCGGAUGUAUCUCGACAGCCAAACCAUGGGCCAGGGUUGGGCAUGGGACCACCCAUGGGCCAACAGGGCGGCGGAAUGGGCCAACAGUUCGCCAUGUUUCAACAACCGAUCGUGCAGGAUAUGGCUAUGCAGUACGGUCAGAGAUUGGCUGACCAGGGCAAGGAAAUUGUCCAUUCUCAGAUCGAAAAGUACUUGCCAACAUCCAAGCUAAAGUACUAUUUCGCUGUGGACAAUCUGUACGUGAUAAGGAAGCUGAAAGUGAUCUUCUUUCCUUUCCUUCAUCAGGAUUGGUCUAUGAAGUACGAUCAUGAGAAUCCGGUUCAACCGUUGUAUGAUAUUAAUGCACCAGACCUGUAUAUCCCGGCCAUGAGCUACAUUACUUACAUUGUGCUGGCUGGUAUUGCCCUGGGCAUGCAAAACCGAUUUUCCUCGGAACAGCUCGGCAUUCAAGCGUCCAGUGCCCUGGCUUACAGCAUUUUUGAGAUGGUAAUCUACACACUGACACUGUACAUAAGCAACAUCUCGACCUCCAUCGGCACAUUCGAUCUGUUGGCCCUGACCGGCUACAAGUAUUUAGCUAUCGUUGCGAUCGUGGCAUCGAGCAUACUGUUGAAAAGAACUGGCUACUAUCUGGCGCUGAUUUAUACUUCCGCUAUGUUAGCAUUCUUCAUGUUACGUACGUUGAAAGCCAAAGUAUUGACGGAACCAGUUCAGAUUCAGAGCUCUGUCGGAUACGAUCCAUAUGCGCAGCAGCAGACCGACUAUCAUCUCGGACGGAAACGCAAGCUGUACUUCCUGUUUCUCGUCACCGGCCUGCAGCCGGUGCUGGCAUUUUGGCUGACGGUGCACUUGAUCGUAAGCGAUCCUGUUCAGGGUGCCUAAAAGGCAAUUCCUUUUGUUUUUUGGACAGACAUGAAAAAUGCGUUUAAUGGAAAUAAAGUGUAAGUCAAUUUAGCCUUUUUGAUACUCCUCCAA